AUCAAUGCGAUUCCCGAGACCCUCGCAUAUAACACGCCGAACGCGAGCAGCAGAUUCUGCUGUUUUCUCAGUAACCGUGCGAGUUCGCGCGCGUGCAGUCGCCGCAGAUUUAGUUAAAAAAAAUAUCUCGUUUUUUAUUUUCUAUUUAAUUAAAUUAGAUAGUCCAAAAAAUCGAAAAAAAAAAACUUUAAAUAAUUAUUUAGUUUAUCGAUCCCAAUUAUGUGCCAGCAAUGACAUCGUCAACCACCGUCAGAAAAUCGUACGGCAACAGGAAGCUCAACACUUUCCCGGAGGACUAUUUCCGCCUGGUCAAACAGAAGACCAACGCGAGUAAUGCUCCGAAAAAGAGCGAAGACGUCGCCAAAUUAAUUAAAUACAUCGACGAUAAUGUCAUUGGAAAGAAUAAUGCGUUUUUGGGUCCGUUUGGUAGAAGAAAAGUUGUAUUUUGCGAUUACGUAGCUUCGGGAAGAUCGUUACAAUUCAUAGAAGAAUACAUCCUCCGAGAAGUUUUACCAUGUUACGGAAACACCCAUUCCACAAUAAACAUAACAGCGCUUCAAUCGACUUUAUUUAGACAAGAAGCAAGGGAGAUAAUAAAAAAUGCUGUUAACGCAACUGAAGAAGACGCUGUUAUCUUUGUUGGUCAAGGUUGUUCCGCUGCCAUUAGAAAAUUAAUUAGUGCUUUGGACUUGAAGGAAGCGCCGAUUGUAUUUACUAGCGCCAGUGAACAUUUAGAUAAUUUGCAGAUAUGGGAAGAUUAUGGAGCGACGAUCAUUCGAAUUUCAGAAACAAGACAAAACUUUUUGGACCUAACCGAUUUAGAAGAGCAAUUAAAAAUUCAUCAAUACUCUGGUAGACAACUCAUAGGAUGUUUUUCAGCGGCUUCAAGCGUUACAGGAAUUUUAGUGGACGAUGUGGCUUCAACAGCACUUCUUCAUCAAUACGGAGCUUUAGCCUUUUGGGAUUACAACUUAGCAGCGCCUUACAUUAACAUCAACAUGAACGCAAAAAUACCCGGAAUCGAAGAAAAUGUCGCCACGAAAGAUGCCAUUUACUUUUCCGGGCAUAAAUUUAUCGGCGGCGUUCAAACUCCUGGUAUUUUAGUUGCGAAAAGGAAUCUUUUUAAGAAAACUGAACCUGCAGAACCGGACGGUUUUUUCGCACCUCAAGAACAAAACAGGAGCUUUGAAGUACAAGAAGAAGGUUCAACUGCCCCAGUUGUAGAAUCGGUUAGGGCGGGAUUAGUGAUGCAACUUAAAGAAACAGUGGGGGCAUCAAAUAUAUUAUUGCGACAGGAAAAGAUUAACAAACAAAUGCUUCAACACAUCCGCACAAUUCCAGAAAUAAUUCUCCUGGGUAACUGUUCGACGAGUUUAAAACGAAUUCCUGUUUUUUCUUUCAUGGUGCGUCAUCCCAGGGGAACUUAUCUUCAUCAUAAUUUCGUUAGCGCCAUAUUAAACGAUGUCUUUGGUAUUCAAGCACGUGGAGGGUGCCCUUGCUCGGGAGUUUAUGCUCAAGAUCUUUUGGGAAUAGACCAAAACCUUGCAGAUCAAUACGAAAAUAUAAUCCUAGAAGACAGACGUCUAAGCAGUUUAAAUUUAUCAAUGGAUAAUAUGUACUUGGAACUCCUUCGACCUGGAUUUACAAGAAUAAGCUUGCCGUAUUUUAUAAGCGACGCUGAAUUAGCUUUUGUAAUGGAAGCUGUAAAAAUGGUCGCAACUGAAGGGUGGAAACUACUUCCCCAAUACAUUUUAGAUUUAGAUACCGGCGAAUGGAGACAUCAUACAAACACAAAUCAAAAAGAUAGAAAAUGGCUUGGAUCAAUACGUUAUGUUGAUGGGAAAAUGACGAUGAAUGAAAGAAGGAUUUCUGGGCCGGGAUUAUUCCCCCAAAAUUAUUCCGAAUGUCUUCAAACGGCAAGGAAUUUAUUUAAUCGAGCAAGAAAAACUGCGAUGAGAAAUCCGUAUGAAGAUCAAGGAAUCCGAUUUGAUGCUCGAGCGGAGAAAUUACGUUGGUUUAUGCUACCCCACGAAGCCCAAGAUAUUUUAACGAGCAACUCUCAAAAUAUAAAACACACGGUUCCUUUUGACCCAAGAAAUUCGGGGGCUUUAAAAAAAGGGGACAAAGAUGAUAAAGGAACCGUAAAAUCAACAAAUAGCUCUCCGCGUCAUUAUUCAUUACCCGCAAUUGACGAUCAUCGAAUAAUCGGUUCGUCCCCAGUUCCAUAUUAUGUCCCAGAAGUAAAUGCGGUUUAUUAUUCACCUCCGUUUGCGGUUCCUCAACCGCCAUUAAAUUUCGCGGUGGGUGAAAGUGUAAAUGCUGCUAUUUUAGAUCCAGCACCGCAUUCUCCACAUUUUUUCCGCGAGCGAUGUUUAAGUUUAGGAGCACCAAAUGUUUCCCCUCCAGUACUUAGCCCGCAAACACGUGUUUCAUUAGGCAUCACUCAACAAACAAGACAAAGAAAUUGUAGUUGUAGCAGUCAGACUGAUUUACAUUCCUUGGAUUCAGAUGCGACGACAUCUCCAACACAUAGCUUGAAUAUUGUUUCAAAUUCAUUCGAUUGUAGUAUGUUAGGCAGAGCAUCGCCAGGACCGGAUUUACAAACCUACGUAACGGAAAUGACUAAAGAAUUAGCCACAAAUAUUAAAUCAGAAAUACGCGAGGUUAUCUCGAAAGUUGAGGAUGCUAUCGAUAUUGGUUCUUCAAUGGGUUUUGCGUACGAUAAACAAGGAAGUAGUAGUGAAGAUGGAAGGAGUGAUUCUAUUUCAGCGAAUGAGGUUGCUGAAUAUCUUGAAAAAGUCUCUAAACAAAUGGCGAAUGAAGUUAAAUCUGAAAUAAGAGACGUUGUGAGUGCCGUCGAUGUUUAUUUCACACCCGAAAAAAGAUCAUUUUCCAGAGCUUCAAGUUCUGGCGAUAGUGAAAAAUGUAACAAAGAAAAACCUGAAAAAUAUACUCCCGGAUCGAGUAGCGAGACCGUUAUUCAAAUGAUUAAUACUGGAAUUAAACAAUUAAGCGACGAAGACUUAACGGACAAAGUAGGAAAAUUAAAACAUUUAUCAUCGAACGUUACAAGUGUUAGUUCUCAAGAUAGCGGAAUAAAUCUUUCCUUUCACGAACAUGAUCUCGAUGGAAUUCGAAGAAGCAGCUCUGAAACUUCAACGAAACGUGAAAAAGCCAAAAUGACUUUACAAAGACAUUGCGAAAAUAGUGAUCAUAGUGAUAAUAGCGAAUCGGAAAAGUCUUCCAAUGAAAGCAACAAAACCACGAAAUGGUCAUGUUCGCCUAAAACGAUUUGGCAACCAACCGUUGAAGCUAUCAGCGAAUACGAAAUGAUUAGAAGUGGAGAUAGAAUUCUUGUAUGUUUAAGUGGAGGAAAAGAUUCUUUAAGUCUUCUUCACGCUUUAUUACAAUAUCAAAGUAUUUGUUCGGGAAAAGGAGUUGUUUUUACUUUGGGGGCUGCAACAGUUGAUCCUGAAGCUUCGGGGUGCGAUCCAUGCAUAAUUAUACCACAUUUAAAAAGUUUGGGUGUAAAUUAUGUCAUCGAUGAUCACGUCGAUGGUAAAGUUACAAGAUACGAACAACACGCAGCUGAAAAUUAUUAUAGUUUUCGCACAAGCUCUCUACGACAAAGACUAUAUGCGACAGCCAAAAAUGGUGGAUAUAAUGUAAUCGCCGUUGCCCAACAUUUAGACGAUUUGGUUGAAAGCUUUUUAUUAUCCAUUUUCCACAAAGGAAGACUGAAAACGUUAAAGGCACAUUAUUUUAUAAGAGAACACGAUUUAAGAGUUAUUCGCCCAUUCAUUUACGUUCGCGAAAAAUCUCUUAAACAAUUCGUUGCCAAUAAUCAAUUACCGGCGAUUUCGAGCAGUUCUUCUAAUUUGGAAUUGACGAAGCAAAGACAGAGGGUGCGUCAAGUUUUGGCGCAACACGAAAUACUCUUUCCGAAAUUAUUUACAUGUUUACGAGCCGCUUUACAUUCGUUAAUAUGCUGCAGCGAAAAUCAAGAUGACGGUCCGAAAGUUCGGAGACGAUUGAGGUCGCGGGAAACUGAAUCAUCGUCGGAUGUUGAGACUGACGAGGAACCAAUUUUGAAAACUGACUGAAACUCGAAAAGGAAAAAAUUUAAAGAAAUUAUUAUUACCCGGAUUAAGAAACUAUAACGUAUAGGAUAAUUAGACUAUUACUCAACUCCCCAAAAAAGGAUUCGAAUUUAAAAAAAUAAGAUGGUUUUUGAAGGAAAACGUCUUUUCAGAAAACAAUUUUGAAAAAAGUCUAAAAAAAAACAAGUAUUUUGCGUGACUUAUUUGUAUGCCUUACAUAUAAAAAAAAUGUGCGAAAUGAUUUUCGAAUUCCCUCCAAACCGUUCUUCAAUUUUAUUUGUUUCGUUUAAUAUAAAAUAUUAUUAAAUCUAAAGAUUGCACACCGUUAUAAUUUUUUUUUGUUAAUUGGAUUCGGACGUCGAAAGAUAUAGAUAUGUAUUAAUGUUAUUACACUUUAAGAUAUUUAACGAUGUUACGAUGGAUUGUAUUUUAUUUUUAAUUCAAUUUACGAGUAAAUAAGCUUAUAUAUCGCA